UGAAGCGAGUGAAAAGGGCAAGGCCACCUUCUUCUUCUUCUUCUUCUUCUUCUUCUACUUGUAGUUGUAGACGUUCCUAGAGACUGAAAGUGGCCAAUAGUGUUUGCAAUGGUUGGGGAUGGGGAUGGGGGCAAGAGAAUAACGAGGUACUCGGACUUCGUGAAAGUUCACGGGCUGUUACUAACGGCGUCAGGGCUACCUCAGUCGCUGCACUUCCAGCUGUUCCAGAAGCUCACCUCGGAGACCUUUGACGGCGGAGCCCACUUCGCAAUCGAGCCCACUUCAGAUGGCCGUCAAAGGCGUCUCCUACUCACCUCCUCCGACUUCAUGCCUAAGGAAUCCCAAGUGUUUCUCGUCGACCAUGCCUGGACUUUUCGCCUCUCCGAUGCCUACAAACAGUUGCAGGAGGUUUCAGGAUUGGCUGAGAGGAUGGCUGCUUUGAUGUGUGUCGAUAUUGAUUUGAAUUCCAAUGCUGAAGAGGCUGAGGAAGUUGUUGAUGGAAUUUCACAUCAAAAUGGUACCAAAUUGAGCGUUUUUGAAGCAAUGGAAUGUGAAAUUCAUGGUGCAAAAGAGAAUGGAGAUGGUGCAGUCAGGUGGCUGGAGCUUGAGGAGCUUGACAUUGAUGAUGACACGUUCUUGUCCCUUGAUUUAUCUAGUAGAUUUCCGGGUUUACUUGCACUUAGCUUGUGUGGGAACAAGCUUGAGAAUGUGGAAAUAAUUGCUCGGGAAGUUACUAAAUUCGAACAGCUAAGGGCUCUUUGGUUGAACAAUAACCCAGUUGUUAAAAAUUGUGAUAGUCAGCUGGAGAAUAGAGUUCUUCAAGGACUGCCAAGACUUGAAAUUUACAACUCGCGUUUCACCGCUAAAUUUGGUGCUUGGGCAUUGGGUUUCUGUGGAGGAGUGUAUGGAAAGGAUAAUCCAGGCAGUAUCCAUGAGGGUGACCAUCAAUUGGAGAGUGUUUCCUCUCUUGACCUUUCAAAUAGAUGUAUUCACAAUUUGAUCAGUAAGGCUUUUUCACCUGUUGAGUUGCCUUCUCUAUCAUACUUGAAUAUUCGGGGGAAUCCUUUGGAACAGAAUUCUGUUGCUGUCUUGUUGGAAGUCCUGAAGGAAUUUCCCUGCUUACGGUCUUUGGAGGUGGAUAUUCCUGGGCCCCUUGGGGAAAGUGCCAUAGAUAUUCUUGAAUCUCUUCCUAAGCUUUCUGAACUGAAUGGUGUCAAUGCAUCAAAAAUAUUAGAUACUGGCAAGCAUGUGAUUGAUUCAGUGCUUCAGCCGCGUCUUCCUGAAUGGACUGCUGAGGAGCCUGUUACUGAUCGCAUUAUAAGUGCUAUGUGGCUAUAUUUGAUGACAUAUAGGCUUGCAGAUGAGGAAAAGAUUGAUGAAACCUCUGUAUGGUAUGUGAUGGAUGAACUAGGUUCAGCAUUGCGGCAUAAUGAUGAACCAAAUUUCAGGGUGGCUCCUUUUCUCUUCAUGCCAGAGGGGAAUCUGUCAUCAGCUGUGAGCUUUUCUAUAUUAUGGCCAACCCAGAAUGUUCAAAAAGGAGAUGAAUGCACUCGCGAUUUUCUUUUUGGUAUUGGGGAGGACAAACAACGUUCUGCCAGACUUUCAGCUUGGUUCCAUACGCCGCAGAAUUAUUUUAUAAAAGAGUAUGAGAAGCACUGUCAGAAGUUGCAAUCGAAAAGUUUGAUUUCUCCAUCUGUACAGUCUUCUACCACUAGAAGUAUACAUCAUACUGAUGGGUCUCCUUUACGUGUGUACACUGAUUUACCUCAAGUAGAAGAGUUUUUGACACGUUCGGAGUUUGUUAUCAUAUCUGAACCAAAGGAUGCUGAUAUUGUAUGGACAAGUACCCAGGUAGAUGAGGAUAUGAAAAAGGCUGCUGGAAUAACAGAUCAGCAAUAUAUAAACCAAUUUCCUUUCGAGGCUUGUCUUGUCAUGAAACAUCAUUUGGCAGAGACUGUUCAUAAGGCCUAUGGAUCUCCUGAAUGGUUGCAGCCUACUUAUAAUCUUGAAACUCAUCUAUCUCAACUUAUUGGUGACUAUUAUGUACGCAAUAGAGAUGGGCUUGACAAUCUGUGGAUCUUAAAACCUUGGAAUAUGGCACGAACCAUUGAUACAACUGUAACUGAUAAUUUAUCCUGCAUCAUCCGUCAUAUGGAGACUGGUCCUAAAAUAUGCCAAAAGUAUAUUGAACACCCUGCUUUGUUCAAUGGGAAGAAGUUUGAUCUCCGUUACAUAGUAUUAGUUCGGAGUAUAAACCCUCUAGAAAUAUUCCUUUCCGACGUUUUCUGGGUUAGAUUGGCGAACAACCAAUAUUCUUUAGACAAGCACAGUUUUUUCGAAUAUGAGACCCACUUUACUGUCAUGAAUUAUCGUGGGAGGUUUAGUCACAAGAAUACACCAGAGUUUGUGACAGAGUUUGAACAGGAACAUCAAGUUAAAUGGUCGGAGAUCCAUCUGCGAGUGAGAACAAUGAUUCGAUCAGUCUUCGAGGCUGCUGCUGCAGUACAUCCAGAUAUGCACAGUCCGAAAUCAAGGGCUAUUUAUGGUGUGGAUGUCAUGCUUGAUACCUCUUUCCAGCCAAAGUUACUGGAGGUGACUUAUUGUCCCGACUGUACGAGAGCAUGUAAGUAUGAUACCGAAGCUCUAGUUGGAGGAGAAAUCAAAGGUCGUGAUUUCUUUAAUGAUGUGUUUGGCUGUCUCUUUCUGAAUGAAACUACUCAUGUCAGCCCCUUGUAAUUUGAAUUAUAGCUAAUAAUCUUUUUGUAACGGUCUAUUUCCCAUUUCUGCUUGCUAUCA